AUGGCUUUACUGCAACAGUCAUUGCGCGAACGUUUGGUUGCAUUUGAUUCAAAUGGCGACCAAAGUGUUUACAAACGGAUUGUUGACCAGUUGGAAGAUCUACAGCGGUUUCACCAAGAGUUGAUACGAACAGCAGAAAGUGGCGUCAGCGAAGACCCUAAAACGUUCGAAAGUAAACAAAAGGGUAUUUUAACAAUGUCAACACGAAAAGGUCCUUCGACCACACCCCAGUAG